CAGGCGUCGAAGUGAUGUCCCCUAGCAUACUAUGGACCCGUCUGCUGGAGCUAAACAAUCUCAAUGCAGUUAGAUUCGAAAUAUAACCUGGAAAACAGAACAAUGUCACGUCUGCUGCCCAAAUUCACUGUAUUAAAUAGACCAUGGCGUGUUGCCGGUCGACCAGGUAUGGCUGCAUCCGUUCAUCUAACUAACAGUCAAUCAGAGGUCGCCAAAUCAAAUUUCAAGGCUGUAAUAUUUGAUAUGGGUGGCGUGUUAAUACCUUCACCAUUUGAAAUAUUUCGAGCCUUUGAACGCCAAGCGAAAGUGCCACCCGGGACAUUGUCGCAGAUAAUUGUCAAGAGCGGCGAUGAUGGAGCCUGGCAACGUCUUGAGCAAGGGGCCAUCACUCUCUCUGAAUUUGCUGUUGUCUUCAGUAAGGAAUGCAGCCAAAAGGUUGGACGGGAGAUAGAUGUAUCUCCUUUAGUUCAGGCUCUACAAGGCAUUAGACAAACCAGACCCUUUCCAGAAAUGGUUGCAGCGAUCAAGACAAUCAAGUCUGAAGGUCUGAAGACAGCACUUCUCACCAACAACUGGUUUACAGAUGAGCAGAAGACACAAUCGCUGAUACCUUUGGAUACAGCUUUGUUUGACGUGGUGACAGAGUCAUGCCGUGUGAAAUGGAGAAAACCUCAGCUUGAGAUCUACAAGCAUUGUCUGCACAGCCUGCAGGUGGCACCACAGGAGGCUAUUUUGCUGGAUGACCUUGGCAUAAAUCUGAAGGCCGCCAGGCAGCUGGGACUGCAUACAAUUAAAGUAGAGUCAGCAGCCCAGGCUGUGCAAGACUUGGAAAAGACUCUUGGACUGACUCUGGUGGGUAAAGUGGAAGGGACGACAGACGUGGCACCGCAUCUCGCUUUACCUUUGUCAAGUCUGGCCAAAUACCUUCAGUCCCUGCUUGGAGUGCAAGAUACUGGUGAGCCUCUUGUGCGUGCCUUUGAACAUGGUCAGUCUAAUCCCACCUAUUAUGUCAAGUUUGGAAACAGACAACUAGUCCUUAGAAAAAAACCACCUGGAAAGCUGUUGCCAUCAGCUCAUGCUGUUGAUAGAGAAUUCCGAGUAAUGACAGCGAUGGCAUCUCAGGGGGUUCCUGUUCCACCUAUGCUUCAUUUCUGUGAUGAUAGCAGCAUUCUUGGAACCCCUUUCUAUCUGAUGGAGUAUGUGAAAGGCCGCAUUUUCAAAGACAGGCGACUUAUUAACUUGCCUCAUAACCAGCGAUAUUCACUAUUUGAGUCCAUGUGUGAUAUGCUGUGCAAAAUACACUCAGUGGAUAUCAACAAGGCUGGCCUCUCAGAUUAUGGAAAGCAAGGAAAGUUUAUGGAGAGAAACUUUGCCAGAUGGGCCAAACAGUAUGAAGCCAGCAAGACAAGAGAAAUUCCUUCCAUGACAAACCUUAUGCAAUGGAUUUCCAAACAUCUUCCACAGGAUGAGAAAGUCACUGUAGUGCAUGGAGACUACAGGCUUGACAACCUUAUCUAUGCUGAGGAUAGACCAGAAGUCCUUGCUGUGCUGGACUGGGAACUGUCAACACUGGGUGAUCCUCUGACAGACCUCGCUACAUGCUGCAUGACAUACUACAUGCCUGAUGACUCACCAAUCAAUCCAGGAUUUGGUUCUAACUUUGACUUUAAGGGUGAAAACAUCCCAGAUGUCAAAGAAUUUGUUGCCAUGUAUUGUCAAAAAUUGAACAUUCCCCUCAUUGAUAACUGGGAGUUCUAUGUUGCCUUCGUCCAUUUUCGCAUGGCUGCCAUCUUGCAGGGAGUCUACAAACGUGCGAUAUCUGGUCAAGGGAGCUCAGCAAAGGGAAAGAUGGUGGGAGAGAUGGUUGAGACUUUAGCAGAAAGGGGUUGGCAAGUAGCCUGCCAGAGUGGCCUUCAUUCCAUGGAGGCAUUAGCAGCCAUCAAAGGCAGCGGCAUGGAUUCUCAGAGACGAAAUUUUUCCACUCAAGUCCACCCCACGCAGGUCAUCAUGAGUCACUUGGCCCGUCCGCUGUCCUCACAUAGUCACUCUGAAUCUGCAGGUCUGAUGCCAGUGACAGUGUCCGCCCUCUCCUCUCAUGUACAAAACAUACAUCAGCGUGUAAGAGAGAUAAUAGAUGAGCAUGUCCUUCCUUUGGAGGCAGAGCUUCUUAAAAUUGAGGACAGAUGGUCUGUACAUCCACGAGUGGAGGAACUAAAGGCCAUGGCAAAAGCAGAGAAGCUGUGGAAUCUCUUUCUUCCAAUAGAGACAGAUCCAGGGAAAUAUGGAGCAGGCCUCACAAAUGUGGAGUAUGCAUUCAUCUGUGAACAGAUGGGCCGCUCUCUUCUUGCACCAGAGAUUUUUAACUGCAGUGCACCAGAUACAGGAAACAUGGAGGUACUGGUGAAAUAUGGUACAGAAGAGCAGAAAUCAGAGUGGCUGACUCCACUGCUAGAAGGCAAGAUUCGAUCCUGCUUUGCAAUGACAGAGCCAGCAGUGGCCUCCUCUGAUGCUACAAACAUUCAGGCUUCAAUACGACGUGAUGGCAACCACUACAUCUUAAAUGGCCACAAAUGGUGGACAUCAGGAGCCAUGGAUCCAAGAUGCAAGCUUUGCAUUUUUAUGGGCAAAACCGACACAUCUGCAAGUCGUCAUUUGCAGCAAAGCAUGCUACUUGUUCCUAUGGAUAGCCCAGGGGUCAAGGUCAUACGACCUUUGUCUGUCUUUGGUUACGAUGAUGCACCAAGUGGACAUGGAGAAGUGGUGUUUGAAAAUGUACGUGUCCCAGUCACAAACCUACUACUAGGUGAGGGCCGAGGUUUUGAAAUAGCCCAGGGACCUGGGCCAGGUCGAAUCCACCAUUGCAUGCGACUGAUUGGCCAUGCUGAGCGCAGUUUGGAGUUAAUGCUGAACAGGACAACAACACGACAGGCAUUUGGCAAGCCUCUGGCAUCACAAGGAACCAUCCAGGCUGCAGUUGCACAGUCAAGAGUUGAUAUUGAGCAAACUCGUCUUCUGGUCUUGAAAGCUGCUCAUAUGAUGGAUCUCUAUGGCAACAAGGUGGCAGCACCCGAGAUUGCCAUGAUCAAAGUUGCAGCUCCCAGCAUGGCGCUUCGUGUCAUAGACAGGGCUAUACAGGCACAUGGGGGUGCUGGUCUCAACCAUGACUUUCCAAUGGCCCAGAUGUACGCUUGGGCCCGCGUCUUGCGAUUGGCAGAUGGCCCAGAUGAAGUCCACAUGCAAGCCAUUGCACGGAAUGAAUAUGCCAAAAUCACCAGAAGCAGAUUGUAAUGAUCUGAACAGGUUAUUCGAUGUUUGGCAUGUAAAGCUAAAAGUAGAUGCUGUCUCAAAGCAGAUUUCUGUUAUCUCACAGAAUUGCAACUCAGAAACGUGGAAUUAUCAAGCGUUGAACAGAACCUGUUUUAUCUGUGUUCAGAAACAAAAAACAGUGGGGGCUGAGUUUUGCCUAGUAGAGCCAAGUGCUUGAUUUUCUGAGUGAAAUUAUUUGUGAUUUUCUACAAAAUUGUAAUCUUUGGACUAUAAAAACGUUAGUACCUUAAAUUUGAAGAUUGGGAUAAGUGCAGUUUGAUGAUGUUUGACUUUAUUAUUCAAUAACACAAAAGUGCUACAAAUGCACAAAGGAUGGUAAAGCAAAUGAUGAAAUUAGCUUGAAGCAUUAAUGUAGCUGUAUUUCAUCCUACAUUAUUUUCAUCUUCAUGUUAUUUACUUUAAAAAGUAUAAUGAUAAUUUUUGUAAUAUUGUUCACAUUGCUGGUAGUCUGCUCCAGACCAAAGUGCUUUCAUGUUUAACACUGUUGCCUAUAAUACAAAUUAAACAGAAAACAAUGUUUUUAUUUUAUUUUGGUAUAAUGUAUUUUGUACAAAUUGUUUUUUUUUUUUUUUGCAAGAUUUGUUAAAGCAGUAUUUUUAUUGUGGAAUAUGAUCACCUUAAUUUUAAGAGAAGUAUUUUUAAUAAUAAAAAUCCUCUUAUUAACUGAUUUUUGCAGUGUAGACCCCUUGGAGUGAUGCCGAGUUGAAUACUUCGUUGUUUCCUCUUUCCUUUUACAAAAAAGUGAACAGUGGCCAAAUGUUACAAGUGAAAGAAGGGCAGACUAAGCAAAUAGAACAAAUGACUGGCUAUAAUAACUUCCAAGGAUGGAGAAUAUGAACCUGCCCGACUUGAUACUCGGGCUAUCUCAGACCAUCACUAGGGUAACCUGACUGGACUUGGAAUCUGAGUUACACAAGUAUCAUGAAUCUAGUAUGACAUUUCCUUUUACACAAAGUUGGGCUAGCGGCACAAGAAACAACACUGCAGAGUGUUUAUGGAGACGGAGCUGGUUUAUUUUAAAGUAGAUUGUAUUAUGUAACAAAUGUAAUUUCCUGGUCAGUCAAAGCCUUACUCCUUUUUUUUUUUAACAAGUGAUGCAAAAUCUUAAGAAAUCUCAUGAAACAAAGACUUAAAUGACUCGAUGACUGAAUCACAAAAGUACACAUACUACUUCAAAUUCUUUGGAUGGUUAGUUUGGCAGGAAAGUGGUUCCACCUAGAGGCAAUUUUGGACUAUGAGAGGGAUGGUGAUGGGAGAGGAAACCAGAGAAAAACUCUGCCAGCCAGCCCUUCACCCACUCGCACACCCCACCAAUAACUCUGACAACCUGGCCUUGAUCAGUUAAAAUGGAGCUUUGGACUCCUACCUCCACUUCAGUAAGGGAAAGCAGAUAUGAAGGGUUGAGUUCAACGGAUAGUCAACCCCACUGUGGUCAGUGUUCUGCUGUCAUUUAGAACAAACACUUCUUUACAUGGUUCUUCUGGGGGAAGAAGGUUAGGGUAAGAAAAUGCAGUACAUAGAAAGGUUACAAAACACUAUAAAAUGAAUGUAAAAUCCAUUUUUUUCCUCAAUCAUCAACAUUCCAGUUACCUUCCCAUAAGUGAGAAGGGCAUGUCAUCCAUGGACAUGCAGUAAGACAAAAGCAACUUGCAAUCCUGGGAUUAGUUUAUUUUGACAAGUGUUCCAUGAUUGAUGAAACAUUGGCACCAUCAAAAAAUUAACAGACACAUGGAUGGACAUUAGUGUGGCAAGAAGGUUGGGGAAGGGGGCAUCCUACUUGAAUAAAGUUAUGGUUUCAAAUUUCUGUUCAUCUAACUCGAAAACACUGUUGUUGCUUACAACAAAAUCUAUAGUAUUUAAAUUUAUAGAAGUAAAAACCACAAAGACAUCACUGUGGUAUACAGUAAGUUUUGCACUGAUACUAAAAUAGAUAUUUCACUCAAUACGAACGUUCAACAGAAAACAACUUAGAAUGGCUGUUAUCAAGAGGGGUAUGCCAUUGCAUUAAAGUCAGAAUUGUGUUGAGAUUUCUAAGAUGGUACAUAUUAAGUUUCUGUGUGUAAAAACAAACAUUUCCAGUUGUACAUUCCAAAUGAUUUUAUCACAAACCAUUCCUUCCAAAGUUGUAAGGCUCUGAUAAACUUUGGGCUUAACAAUUACUGGGUAAAUGGUCUGGUCUUGUGAUAGAUAAGGGGCAUUUGGACUGUAAACAUUUCUUGUGAUCAAUUUUUUUUUCACCAUUCCUAUAACAUAAACCGCCAAACAUUUGAUGUACUAGAAAAUGUUUAAAAAUUAUUUCAGAAAUAUCUAAUUUACAAUUUUUUUUUUAGGCUAAAUAUCUAACAAAACAUACAUAUACAGCAGAUGAGCAAAACAAUCUUUGCAAUAAAAAUAACAAAAGAUGAGAUAGAAAUGACUAUGAAUAGGCAGUUUAAAAAGCAAACAUUUGUAUUUGGUAUUUUGAACAACUUACCUAACCUUUAUUUUGGUAGGUCACCAAGGCAAAAUAUGACAGUUUGACCAACACCUGGAGAAUUUAAUGACUUACCAGAACAGAGUGAGGAAUGAUUGAUUAUGUGUACUACUACAAAGGUCUUAAUGAAAAGAAAGUAAAUAAGACGAUGUCUAGAGUUUGCACAUAUUUUUUAUCUUUGAUUUGUCGUAUUCUACAGUAAAGUAUAUUCAGUAAGGGUACCCUUCGAAAGAAAAUAACUUACGACCUCCCUCAGAGGACAGCAACACAAAUCUUCUACUAUAAUGAUGUUGCUCAUGUAAAAAAAAAGAAAGUGGAAAAGAAACUCAAAUCACUUCAUGGUGGAAGGGUGAAGCUCACAUUGUUAGCUUUAGAAGUUCCUGUCGAUGUACAAAUUUCACCUUCCGUGAAAACCCUUCUAUUCCUGCAAAGAACUGAAAAAGUCUUUCUAGUAGCAGGAAAAAUACAUACCAUAAAGACUUUAAGCACGCAGUCUUCACCUUUCAGUUUAAUGCAUGGAAACAUGAUUGCAAAGAUGAUUCUUCAGCAAUGCUCAUGCCCUAAUACAGUUUCAGUAUAAAAGAAUGCAAGACUUGCAAACAAUUGCUUAUAUAUGGUAAUCUGUAAUGCCACAUGUAAUGCCUUAUUCAUAAAUAUGAAUCACUACAGAAAUACCUGCUUGCCACACUGUUAAUGUCAAUAGUUUAUGUAACAUUUAUUUACAUUUGACCAUCACAGUUACGGUUAUGGAACUUUAAAAAUUGAAGAGAUGUGAACACCCCACCUUUCAUAAUGAAGAUUGGGCUCUGUACAGACAUCUAAAGAUAAUGGAUUGAAAUUAGAAUAUUUUUCCUGAACAGUUCAUAUCACGUUCUUUAAAUAAUGGUUCUAGCACAGUUGAAUAAUGGAUACUCAAAUUAUGUUGCACCACACAACAUUUGCAAUAUUUGAAACAAAAUUCUCUGAGCGGAUAUGCUAGCAUUUUCUGUAGUGCAAAGAGAGAAACUGCUCCAAGUGUUAGAAACAGUGCUGUAUAGCUGCAUAUUGUUAAUAACCAGUGGGCUCACAAAGCAGCACUAAAUAGAGAUGUAUCAACUUCUCUGAAGUGCGACAGCUGUAUUAUGGUGUCUCUUGCAAUUCACAGAAAAUGUACAUUAUUAGAAUAAAUUGUACAUCAUUAAAAAAAAUUAUCUCCCUUCCCAUUUUGCCCUGGAAUUUCAAAUGAUGCAUCACCAGUAUGCACUACAAUUUAUCCACAACAGUAAUAUCAGACCACAUUGAUAUAUUGCACCUGUAGAACAAUAUCUGCUAUAGUCAUAAUGUAAAGUUCCCAAAGUCAAGAGCUGGGAAAAAGCCUAAGGCUAAGCCAGAAUCAAGAACAGCACUACCCUCAGCCUUUGCAUCUUUUCAUUUGACAUAAGUGGUGGGCACUGGAAAUGCCCAAAGUUGUUAUCUUGCCUACAUAUAUAAAUUUAAUGCCAGAAAGAGGUAUUAAUGCACACUUUUAAAAGCCAUCAGGGAUAAAGCACAUUUAGCAACGAUUAUCUCAAAUCAGAAUGCUGAAGUAGUAAGUACUUGAAAGUGCAGAGGCAUGUAGUUGGUCAGAAAUGUGAGGAGACAGUCUGUGCACGUGUUCAUACUAUCCCCACUGUGGAAAAAUUAUUUUGUCAGCCACUAAAGCAGUGAUGAGAACAAUGACGAAACAAGAAAAAGACCAACAAGGCCUGGGGAAAUCUGGGUAUCGUAGCUAGCAUCUGCACCAGCGAAGAGCUACUCCUGCUACCUACACCAUCACAGCAAACAGUUUCAAGAAAGGAAAAGAACUUAAAGGUCUAGACAGGCCUUAUAUAAGAAAAUCAAAUUACUCCAUCGCUGCGUUAUGCCAAGCCAUGACCAAGGAGAGCACACAGCACAUCUUUGGUACAGAUGAAUGUGAACAAGACAAAUGAAAUUGCAUAGGAGUCAGAAACUGCUGGUAUCUUCCUGCAUCUAUUCUACUUGCACACACAUGGGAGCUGAGGUCACUGUUGAAGUUAUUAUCAAUAGUUUUUAGAUAAGAAGCUGUAUGUAGGGCAUCUUCUGCAAAGUUUGCUUGAAAUAAGAUAAAACAUACACAAUGGUAAUUGGAAAUAAAUAGCCCUUUCAAACUUGCUGUGUAAGUGCAGUUUUGUAACAAUGGAUAUGGGUGUCUACACUUUUUUUUUGAAGUAUCUAUGAUGUACUCGUGUUAUCUGACACAUUCUAAUGCAGACAUGUCUGAGGGUCCUCCAAGGGUCACAUUUGUGCUGUCACGAGGGCCGCAAACGUGAACAGUGUCUUGUGAGGGGCUGCAAAUGUGCUUGCAAAGGGCCAUGUUUGACUUGCCUGCUCUAAUGCCUCUUUUUUUUUAAUGACCUAAACAUUGAUUAAAUGACUCGCUGCCAGACGAGGGGAGAAAACUGAUGGAUAACUGUUUUGUGCAUCUCUUUUGCUUCAUACAACUUUCUCACCAGUAUUACCUUUCUUUGCCUUAAGAGUUUACAUGCUAUUAUGUACACAAGACAAUCACUUGAACUUUUAGCAUAAACCCACGGGUGGUUAGUUGUGUUUUACGCCGUGCCAGCAACUAUGGCUAUAUCACGAUGAAUAAUCACACGGAAAACCAGCCUUCUAACACAGACAUGUGGUGUCCAUGCUACAUUCAAGUAAUGAUAUCUCCAAACAUCUCAAACAACUGUUAACAUGCAUCACACAAUGUCAUUUACCAACGUCGAAAUUUUUAUCCAACAGGUAAAGCAGCUCUAUGUACAAAUAUUACUUCUUACAAUGCUCAACAUACCCAUCUUCAAAAUAAAAUGAGAUUUCUCUCUCUGGAAAAAACCCAUGUACACCUUGUUAAUGUCACUUUCUGAAAGUUUUCAAUCUUUUCAUUUAUCCCACAUUGGCUACAAACACUGGUAUUUUUUCCCAAAAGAGACCAAUAUUUGCUACACCAGUAUCCUUUACAAGAUAUUCCAGUACUACAAGAAAAUCUUGGUUGUGCUUCAUUCUUAACAAAUCUCGUGGGAAGUAAGCCAGUUUUUGUGCUUAUGCCACUGAGAGAGGAUUUCUUUCUGCAAGCCUGUUUUAUAGGUCACUCAAUAAACCAGAAAAUCAUCUAUGGAUAUAAAAACCUUGCCACUAGGCCACACUUUAAUGUCCUGAAACUAAACUGAGCACUAAAUAAAUAAACUAUAUCACAAAUUUUUCUAUCAGGCACACCACAAAAUAAACAAGCCAAAACUCCAUUUGUAGACAUUAAUGAACUUAAUGAUCAGCUGCUUUUUCAAGGCCAGCAAAAUAACUAGGUGAGCUUCCUCUUGAUACUCAUGCUGUGUGUUGAGCUGAAGUAGAGAGUAAACGUUUGUUCUCAUCUCCUGACUGGCUGAAUAUGUCUGGUGUGUUGCCACUGCUGCUCAAGUAGCUCAGAAUGGUAAGAAUGUAAGAUUGCACCACUACUAAAGUUACUAUCAUGUCUAAUAAGUAUGGUGUUUAUGGGAAGGAUUAAAAAA